AAUAAGAAGAAGAAGAAGAAGUUAAACCUCCUCCCUGCGCCAGUUGCCAGACACACUCAGACAGAGGGACAACAUGGACCCGAACACGACGAUUCUGCGAGUAAAGAGAAAAAGGGGCACCGACCCCGCAGAUGCGUUAUUGCUGGCGUGCAAGCGCAUCCGGCCGGAGACGUCCCAGAGCUCAGGUGAAGUGGUGCCGGAGCCGAAUGAAGCUGAGGUGGAAAACUCUGUCUUCAAACUCGUGGCGACCGUAGCGACACAGGAUGCUCCCGUUCAGACCCAGGUGCGACAGGCGCUGGCCCGGCCUCGCAUGGCCCACGCGCUGCGCCCCUCCGCUGCCAGCUCGCAGCGGAUAGCGGGGGACCUGCGCAGCGCCAAGUGGAGCACCCGGAGGGAGGAACGCUACAGAAUACUGUCCAGCCACCGGUCAGGCCUGUCGAGCCCCGCCGAGCAGCCGACCCCGGGGACGGAAGCUUCGGAGAGUGCGAGGGAAACCGAGGACGAGCCAGACAAAUGUUUGGUUCUGGGUGCGAUCCAGGUGGUCGAUCUCCUGCACGAGGACGUAGAGGACAAGGACAAGUCGUCUGGCAAGGCGCUGUCCUCGGACCCGGAAAUGAUCCUGUGUAACAGCACCAAGAUGCUGCGGGAGCGCCUGAGAAUAAGCGGAGAGGGGUUGGAUAUGGAGCACCCUGACAACGGCAACGACUACGUCUACGACCUUUACUAUCAGGAGACUGUCACGCCAGGCUGGAUCCAGGACAUCCUGUCAGUCAGGGCCUACGGCGACGAGGGAGAACUGGUGCCUGACCUUGUGGUUCAUGAAGAGGAGGUUUAUGAGGACGAGGAUGAUGAAAACGAGGAAGGCAACUGGAGGAAUGACUACCCUGAUGAGAGUGAUGGGGACAGCGACCGAGAGGAGCGCUACGGCGGUUACUGCGAGGAGGAGCACUCGUACAGCCAGAGGAGCUGGGGUCGCUACCAGAGGGAGGUGCUGCAAGAGCUGGGCCGCUGUGGUGAAGACGACAAGGAGGAGGAGGAGGAGGAGGACGGAGACAAAUAUAAUUCCGAUUGAUCCGUCCGUUUCACCCGCAUCUGUCAGUGGACCCCCUACACACACACACACACACACACACACACACACAUAUAUAUAUAUAUAUAUAUAUAUAUAUAUAUAUAUAUAUAUAUAUAUAUAUAUAUAUAUAUAUAUAUAUAUAUAUAUAUAUGGCCUCUGUGUGGGCGAGCAUGGAGUGAAAACAGCAACUUUAAAAUAAAUCCUCUCUCAAAGUGUUGCAUUAGAUUUAAGGAAGGCUGCAAGAUGAAUUGACCGAGGGCAUCCUUUAUUUCAAGGAAUGGUACCUUUUUAAAAAAAAAUUUCACCAGGAAACCAAGAAUUCAAUCACAAUUUUGUGGGCGAAGCAUUUCUUUGAGCCAACACUAAAAACAAAACACAAUUUAGUAUCAAAGCUUGGUUCACCAGAUUGCAUACACACCAUAAAUCUGAAAAUCCUUUUUAAUGGUGAAGUCCCUCCCACACAGAUGGUGAAAGAGUAGCUGUUAUUUCCGAAAGGAUCCAGAGUGUCUUUUUUUUUUUUUUUUUUUUUUAUUGUGGUGGAGUGAAUUUGUGUGUGGGUGUUUGUUCAAUGUGGACGUUUAAAAUUUUUUUUUGCACAUUAGCGUGAUAUGCCUUGUAUGCUUUGUGCUGUUAACACUUUCGUCAGUGAGACGUCUCGGACUGCGCGUGGUUGCAAUUUAGGCUGCAUUUUGUGCAUGGUAGUGUGUGCGUGCGUGUGUUUUAGAUUUUUGGCACAAUGUGAAAGUGACUCAUUGUUUUUGUUAUGGGUCUGUGUGAGUUUGGUCCCCCACUCCCCCCUUUGAAAUUCUUGGAUGCUUGUUGAAUUAAACUUUUUGUAAAUAUGUAGAUGUGUAUAAAAAGAAAGCUUUCAAAAUAAACUUUAAACAUGUC